UUGUUCUUUAGAGGCGCCUUCAGCAGAGUGUUCCUUGCGGAAUCAAAAGUGCAGGUGGGUUUUCUGGUGGCCGUGAAAUGCAUUGAUAAGAAGGCGGUGAAGGGAAAGGAGGAGUCGCUGCAGAAUGAAAUAGAUGUUUUGCGCCGACUUCAGCACCCAAACAUUGUGCGCCUGUACGAAACCUAUGAGGAUAAAUCCAAUUAUUAUCUCGUAAUGGAAUUGGUUACCGGUGGCGAGCUAUUCGAUCGAAUAGUCGAGCGGGGUACGUUCUCAGAGAAGGACGCGUCAGCGCUCAUUCGACAAGUGCUGGAGGCUGUUUCCUACAUGCACGACAAUGGCGUAGUCCACCGCGACAUCAAGCCGGAGAACCUGCUGUACCACAGUCCGGCCAAAGACUCAAAGAUAAUCAUAUCUGACUUUGGCCUGUCGAAGACCAUUGACAGUGGCAUCAUGGCUACCGCUUGUGGUACCCCCGGAUAUGUCGCACCUGAGGUGCUCGCGCAAAAGCCGUACGGAAAGGCGGUCGACGUUUGGUCCAUUGGAGUGAUUACUUACAUCUUACUCUGCGGCUACCCGCCGUUUUACGACGAAUGCGAUGCGAACCUCUUCGCGCAGAUCAUGCGUGGGGAAUACGAAUUCGAUGCCCCGUAUUGGAAUGACAUAUCCGAUUCUGCAAAGGAGUUCAUUUCCCACCUGAUGUGUGUGGACCCACAGAAGCGUUACACCUCCAAGCAGUCACUCGCGCAUCCAUGGUAA